AUGACUCCAUCUUUUGGCGCGGCGCCCACGGUUGCGUGCAUCUCGGCGGUGUUGCAUCUUGAUCGUUUCAGCCUUGCCCGCGUGGUACUCGCAUCGAUACUCGUCCUGUGCGGGUGGAGAUUCGUUGUUCAGGCAUGCGCAUCAGCAGCAGCAGCUGCUGCUGCUUAGACGGACGUACGCGCCGCCCGUCGACAUCGGCUCCCUCCACCACAAUUAGCAGCUGUACAACCCCCUUGGCAAGCAACGAUUCCUAACGUCGCAUCUUGUACACUCAUCACGGCAUCUUUCAAUCAAAGGCUACAUUGGCGAGGCUUUGACACGCAUACUUGCUGUGUUCGACACUCUCAAGAAUACAUCCUCGAGACUCCCUCUUGGUUACAACACCUUGAAUUCCGUCUCGUAGCCUUACUUCGUGGGUAUCUUUCAAUUGGCUGUGGUGGAUUUGCCGCCACAGAUGGAGACAGCGAUCCCGCAAAAGCCCAGACUGCCAGAAGUGCCUGUAUGGGCUUCUCACUUGAGCUCGUGACUCUACGCUCUGGAAUCCCACGCUGAUAUCCUCUGCAUGCACCUCCUUUGCUGCCCUCCAGACAAUGGCUCUCAAACGCAUCAACAAGGUGGGUGAUCUUCGUCGCACGUCCCUCGUCCACACCCUACUCAUCGCGUGCUGCUCUCUACGAUCUCUACAGGAGCUCGUGGACCUCGGUCGCGACCCUCCCUCUUCUUGCAGCGCAGGCCCUACGGGCGACAACAUGUUCCAGGUGAGUCAUCGAGCUGCCACUCCAUCCUCUCGAAGUCUGACCCGAAUCACUCUGCUGACACGCGUAUGCAUUCACGCAGUGGCAAGCCACUAUCAUGGGGCCGGUGCGUCAAGUAUCGAUGGGGCGCGUUGGGGCUCCCAUGGCCCAUUGCUAAUCCAUCGACUUCGUCGCUCUUCUGUCGCAGGGUGAUUCUCCAUACUCUGGCGGAGUCUUCUUCUUGAGCAUUACUUUCGUAAGUAUCCGCCACGCGCUUCCUGGAUCGGUCACGCCUGCCCUUAGACCGCAUCAAUCUAGCCUUCCGCUUUCGCUCACACUCUUGUCACAUCUCCACUGCUUCGCCUUUCAGCCUACCGACUACCCUUUCAAGCCUCCCAAGGUUUCUUUCUCCACCAAGAUCUACCACCCAAACAUCAACUCCAACGGUUCGAUCUGUCUCGACAUUCUGCGUGACCAGUGGAGCCCGGCUUUGACGAUUUCCAAGGGUAAGCUGCGGGCCGUGGAGGCACAAGAAUGGCGGUAGCGAUGGGUCGUUGGUGGCGCGAGGCAUCCCUCCUCAAGGCAGCCAAGCAGCAACUUGCGACGCAGCCUCCGAAUAGGUCGCUUUUGAACUUGGUCAUUGUCGUGGCCUAAAGUCCACAUAAAUAAGGGCUGACAGUAUGCUCCUCUGCUCCCUCGCCUUCGUUCAAAGUCCUCUUGUCCAUCUGCUCUAUGCUCACUGGUGAGGGCGAAAUAAGGGCUCGUCUGAAGCUAUCUGGAUCAGCGAUGUCACUGACUCAAAAGCUCCCCUUUGCUAUAGACCCGAAUCCCGACGACCCGUUGGUGCCAGAGAUCGCGCACUUGUACAAGACGGACAGACCUCGUUACGAGAGCACGGCAAGGGAGUGGACUCGAAAGUGAGUGGUUGAGAGGGAUUUUUUGGUCAAGGUGACCGGCGGCCUUUCUCGUGCUCACUAUGCGCACCUUCGUGGCACAGGUACGCCAUGUGA